AUGACCAAGCCUAUCAUAUAUCUAUCUAUCUAUCUAUCUAUCUAUCUAUCUAUCUAUCUAUCUACUAAAUUUAAUUUUUCUUUCACCUUAUUUCAAAGUUCUCGUCCAAAAUUCUUCUUCCUCUUCCUCUUCUUCUUCUUCGUCGUUGUCGUCGUUCAAUUUUCUUCAUCUGCUUCCUGUAUCUUCUUCAAUUUUCUUAUUAUUAUCAUUACAAUUUUUCUUCUUCUUCUUCUUCUUCUUCUUCUUCUUCUUCUUCUUCUUCUUCUUUUUCUUCUCCUUCUUCUUCUUCGUCGUCGUCGUUCAAUUUUCUUCAUCUGCUUCCAGUUUCUUCUUCAAUUUUCCUAUUGUUAUCUUUCCAAUUUUUUCUUCUUUUUCUUGGAAAUCUCCUAUUCCUCUUCUUCUUCUUCUUCUUCUUCUUCUUCUUCUUCUUCUUCCAAUUUUCAUCUCCUUCCCCUUACAUUUUUCCUCCUUCUUAGAGUUUCUUCUAUUUUUUUCAAAAUUUCUCAUUAUUCUUCCAAUAUUUUUCUUUCUCUUCCAAUUUUCUUCUUACUAUUCAAAUUUUCUUCUUCUUACAAUUUUCCUCAUUUUCUUUUUUCUCUUUCUUCAUUCACUUUCCGAUUGUUCUUCUUCUUCUUCUUCUUCUUCUUCUUCUUCUUCUUCUUCAGAUUUUCAUCUUCAAAUUUUUUCCUUCUUUUUCCAAUUUUCUCCUUCUUCUCGUAUGGUUUUCCUUUCCUUUUUCUCUUUCUUCAUUCAGUUUCCUCCUCUUCAAAUUUUCUUCUUCAAAUUUUCUCCUUCUUCUUCCACUUUUCUCCAUCUUCGUACUAUUUUCUUCCUUUUCUUUUUUUCUCUUUCUUCAUCCAGUUUGCUCUUCUUCCUUCAUUUUUUCCUUCUUUUUAUUUUCCUCUUAUUUUUCUUCCAAUUUUCCUCGUCUUCUUUCUACACUUUUAA